CUAAUAUUAUAACCACUUUAAGUAUUUAUGUUCUAGCUAACUCCAAAUAUCUUUGUCACCUAACUACAUUAUAAUAUGACGUCGUGGAAAUUAACAAAAAAAAGUGUUUGAAUCACAUUUGAUUUGAGCACGUCGACAAGUGAACUUUGUGUAUUAAAAUUGAAAUCUUUUGUAUGUUCUUUAUUCAAUAUUUUAACAUUUGAAUAAUCGCUACUAAAUCAAAUUCCAGAGUAUGACGUGCUAUUAAUACCAGUACAGAAAAUUCCGAUCAAAACGAAAAAUGUUAUCUACGCACCAAUGAGACAGAGAUCAUCAAAAAGAUUAAAAAAGGAUGACUUUGAUAGACUUGACAUUGAGUCUUAUGAGGAGGCGACAGAAAUGCCAGAUGUAGACAGCUUUGAUUAUGGUAAAGACCGAGAUGGAGAGAGGACUGAGGAAUCUCAUGAUUUUGAAUCUAAUUAUGGAGAUGAUAAAAUUGUUGGUGGUGUAGAAGUUGAUAUAAAUCUGUAUCCCUACCACGUGUCUUAUGGUACUAACUGUGGUGGAGCUAUCGUUGAUAAGAGAUGGGUUGUAACAGCUGGACAUUGUGGGAAAAAGCCGUACAUAAGAGCGGGUUCAAAAUAUAUAAAUCAGGGAAAGAAGAUAUCUGUCAAAAGAGGCUAUGUACAUCCAAUGUGGUCAUCUAAGAAGAAAGACCAUCCAUUUGACUACGAUUUCCAAUUAUUAGAGUUGAGUGAACCCUUGAAAUUUGACGAAAAUAUCCAGCCAAUCAAAAUAGCUCACAUUGAAGACAUGGUUAUUGGUAAAGUUGUUACAGUCACUGGUUGGGGUAAUACUGAAGAAAAUGGUCCAUAUUCAAAUGUACUACGAGCCGUAAGAGUACCAAUUAUAUCCAAGGAGCACUGCCAAAAUGUACCGUUCCCGUACUUUAGAGGAACUUUGACAGCUAGAAUGUUCUGUGCUGGGUAUGCUGAAGGGAAGAAAGACGCUUGCCAGGGUGAUUCCGGUGGACCCGCAGUGGCUUACGACCGUCUCCUGGGAAUGGUUUCCUUCGGCUACGGCUGCGCAACUCCUGGAUCUUAUGGUGUCUACAGUAAAAUUGCCAAAGUCAGGAGUUGGGUGGAACAGACAACUGGAAUUAAAUUUGACUAAACGAUUUUGUACAGACUCGAAAUAUAAUAUUUUGGAACGUUGUGAAUUUUAUUUCUGUAUCUUAUUUUUGUUGUAUUGUUGUUAAUGUCUUGUUGUAUUCAUCUUCAUUUUUAAAAAAGGUAAUAAUUUCAAAAUAUGCUAUUAUUAUUUCAUACUCCUGUUCUACUUGCAUUGUUUAUGGAUGUAGCUUGUAAUAUUGUGUAACUUAAAAAAUAUUAUCAAAAAUCUUAAAAU